CGCCACCGCCGCCGCCGCCGCCGAGGCCCGGAAGGGGCCAGUCGCUUCCGUCUCCGCCGGGGAUGCACGGAGGGCGGAGCUGCGGCCCGAGGACGCGACGCGAGCCCAGUUCCGGCGAGGAGGCCGCGCCAGUGACAGCGAUGGCGGCGGAGUCGGCGCUCCAAGUUGUGGAGAAGCUGCAGGCGCGCCUGGCCGCGAACCCGGACCCGAAGAAGCUCUUGAAAUAUUUGAAGAAACUCUCCACCUUGCCUAUUACAGUAGACAUUCUUGCGGAGACCGGGGUUGGGAAAACAGUAAAUAGCUUACGAAAACAUGAGCAUGUCGGAAGCUUUGCCAGGGACCUAGUGGCCCAGUGGAAGAAGCUGGUUCCUGUGGAGCGAAACUCUGAGCCUGAUGAACAGGACUUUGACAAGAGCAAUUCCCGGAAGCGCCCCAGGGAUGCUGUUCAGAAGGAGGAGACAGAGGGGGACUACCAGGAAAACUGGAAAGCCUCCAGUAGCCAAUCCUAUAGUCCUGACCACAGGCAGAAAAAACACAGGAAACUCUCGGAACCUGAGAGAACUCACAAAGUGUCUCACGUUCAAGAGAGGAGAGACGAGAGAAAGAGGUUGCAUAGAGUUUCCCCCGUUUACUCUUCAGACCACGAAUCUUCUGAUUACGGCCAUGUUCAGUCCCCUCCGUCAUCUGCCAGUCCCCAUCAAAUGUCCACAGACCAUUACAGAUCCCCGGAGGAAGAUCCUGAGCCCUUUGUCCCACAUCAGAAGCCUGGGAAAGGCCACAGUAAUGCCUUUCAGGACAGACUGGGGGUCAGUCAGGACCGACACCUGGGGGAUCCCCAGGGGAAAGGGGCUGUGAGUCAGAACAAGGAGCACAGAUCUUCUUACAAGGAAAAACGUCCAGUGGAUGCCAGGGGAGACGGGAAGGCAUCUUUGAGCAGAGAGAAAUCACACAAGUCUGUCUCCAAAGAGGAAAACCGAAGGCCGCUCUCAGGGGAUAGCACGAAGGAGAAACCACCCUCUAGUGUCAAGAAAGAGAAGGAGAAAGAGGGCAGCACCAAGAAGAAGUUUUUACCCCCCUUGGAAGUUGCUUCAGACAACCACCUUAAAAACAAGCCAAAGCACAGAGACCCAGAGAAAACCAAAUCGGACAAAAAUAAGCAGAGUCUAGACAGCUUAGAUGUAGGAAAGGGGGCGGGAGACCCGCUGCCCAAGGUGAAAGAGAGGGGUUCCAACAACCUAAAAACUUCAGACGGGAAGGUAAAAACUUCUCAUUCAGAUAGAAAGUCAGUGGGCUCCCUCCCUAAGGUUGAGGAGGCAGAUAUGGAUGAUGAAUUUGAGCAGCCCACUAUGUCUUUUGAGUCCUACCUCAGCUACGACCAGCCCCGGAAGAAAAAGAAAAAGAGUGUGAAAGCCUCAGCCACGACUCUUGGAGAAAAAGGACUUAAAAAAACUGAUUCGAAAAGCACUAAUAAAAACUUGGACUCCGUUCAGAAAUUACCUAAGGUAAAUGAAAACAAGUCCGAGAGGCUUCAGCCAGCUGGAGCCGAUUCAGCCAAGCUGAAAAAGGUCCCCGCUGAUGCAGUGCCCGUGUUGCCAGACCUCCCGUUACCCGUGAUCCAGGCCAAUUACCGGCCACUUCCUACUCUGGAAUUGAUGUCCUCCUUCCCACCAAAGCGAAAAGCACUGUCUUCACCCCAGGAAGAGGAAGAAGCUGGAUUCACCGGACGGAGAAUGAAUUCCAAGAUGCAGGUGUAUUCCGGCUCCAAGUGUGCCUAUCUCCCCAAAAUGAUGACCUUGCACCAGCAGUGCAUCCGGGUACUUAAAAACAACAUCGAUUCGAUCUUUGAAGUGGGAGGCGUCCCGUAUUCUGUCCUCGAACCUGUUUUGGAGAGGUGUACGCCUGAUCAACUGUACCGCAUAGAGGAAUGCAAUCACGUAUUAAUUGAGGAAACAGAUCAAUUAUGGAAAGUUCAUUGUCACCGAGACUUUAAGGAAGAAAGGCCGGAAGAGUAUGAGUCGUGGCGGGAGAUGUACCUGCGGCUUCAGGAUGCCCGGGAGCAGCGGCUACGAGUACUGACAAAGAAUAUCAGAUCUGCACAUGCCAAUAAGCCCAAAGGCCGGCAGGCAAAGAUGGCCUUUGUCAACUCUGUGGCCAAGCCCCCUCGUGAUGUUCGGCGGAGACAGGAGAAGUUUGGAACCGGAGGAGCAGCUGUGCCUGAGAAAAUUAGGAUUAAGCCAGCCCCAUACCCCACAGGAAACAGCCACACUCCGUCCGGCAGUGGCAGCAACAGCUUCAGCGCCAGCCCCGAGGAGCCCGCCUAUGAUGGUCCGAGCACCAGCGGUGCCCACUUGGCUCCCGUGCUCAGCACUGUUUCCUAUGAUCCUAGGAAACCGACUGUGAAGAAAAUCGCCCCGAUGAUGGCCAAGACGAUUAAAGCUUUCAAGAACAGGUUUUCCCGACGAUAAACUGAGGACUCACCUUGGAGAUGAAAUCUGGGGGAGGAGUACAAGGACAAUGGGGAUUGGGGAAUGGAACUUCCAGAGGAGACCAGAAUCCUCUGCUCCGAGGAACCUUCUGGUCUCCGAAUCCUGCACAGUCUGCAGGUGUGGGCACCUGUGAACAUGCGUGCCGCAGCCACUGCCUCCCUGCCUGGAGAACACUUCAGAAUUCUGGAGAAGAUGUGAAGCCUCAGUCUUACUGAGGAUUUUAAGGUCAAUUAUACUUUUGUUGUUAAUUAGCUUCUUUGUAAACCAUAAGACAUAGUUUUAAUUAAUAAAUAUUGCCCCCAGAUUGUAUUUAUAUUACCCCCAGUAUUUUUUUUUCUUUACUUUUUUUUUUUUUUUUUUUUUUUUUUUUUAGGUCCUCUAUCAAACACUUAGCCUUUUAUUUUCAGGGUUCUUUAUUACAAUGAGAUAAAAACCUAGUGAAAGCCAUUCCCCUGUCCCAGUUCAGCUCUCCUGAGUGGACCCUGGUCCAGAGGGAGGGCUGGGCAUCCUCAGAGCCUGUGUGCUGCCUGCUGCACGGAGGGUGAGGAACGGGUCCUGGGCUGCCCGCCCUAGAGGGCCGCCUCGACGUGGAGUGUUUGAGCUCCUCCUCGGAGGCCCUUCUCAGUGUUGCUUGAGUUCCUAUGCAGGUGCAUCUCUUUCUUCCUCAUUAAAUAGUAUUUAUUAAAGGAGGUUAUUUGUAAAGGUCUCGAGUCUUUUCCCCAGCCUUUUUGCCAGUUCCCACUUUUUGAGGCUCACUAGAGGACACAAACUUGGGGGAUCAAUUUGCACAGAACCCCAACAUUUUUACAAUUUCUGAUUCAAAACUUUAGGGCUUUUUUCCCUCCCCUAUCUUCCCUCCUCCCUGCUUGCAGGGGGGAGACAUGAACACACGGCAGGGCUUUUUGUGCCCCCCCCUCGCCCCCACCCGCCACAACUUCAGAGGUUGAAAAGCCAGCACUUUAAUCUCGUGUUCCCUGUGAACUGCUAACAGAAGUGAGUGGUUUUAAAGGUUGUAAUGCUGUGUUGGAAAUGGGUUUUGUUUUUGCCUUUCUUUUAAAAGGUAAGAUCAUGUGAUUGGGAGAGCACAGGAAUUUGCUGUUUUGCAGAGAACUCUGUAGCUGAAGCACUCUCUACUUCUAGGGUGUUUAAGCCAGAAUUUGGAGGGAACGGCCCACUUAGGCAAAGUGUCUGAGCUGUUAGUGUCAGGAUGGGGGAGAACGCGGGGGACACCCAUCAGGUCUGAGAAGGGAGGAUCUCACUUGCAAGCUGACAGAGGAACGACAUCACUUAGGAGGCCAGUGUCAGCGCUCUUCCUGGCUGCUGGAGAGCGCUGGUCUAGUAGGAACCCGCUUGGUUGUGACCCAGGGGAAGCAGAUGCUGUAAGUUUGAGGUGCCUGCCCUCCAGACACCCAAGGGGUAGACUGAGGACGUGGUUAGUAGGACAGCGUCGGGAGCUUGGCAGGCUCCCUCUUGACAAGCCCCCUCAGAGCCCAGAAUAUGGGGUCCACUGCUUUUAACCAUCCCGGAGACCUCAGGCUAACUUUGAAGAUUCCGGAGCCGGCAGAGAAUCUGUGCAGCAGAAGCUGCAUUGUUCAGUGUGCGUUGCUGUGCAGGGUGCCUGUUGCAACAGGACACAAGGGUUGCCCUGUUUUAAUUUGCUGUGUUUUUGAAUUGGGGAAAACAUGAUUUCUCUUGAUCGCUUGUAUUGCAUUCCACCCCCAGCCCGGGCCUGCUCCCCAAAUCUGGUAUUAGGAAGCCUCUUACCGAAUGCCAAGUGAACAUCUGGGUCAGGUGCCAGACAUCUGUUGGCCUGGAGUAGCUUCCCGUAGGUGUCCACCAGCUUGAAUUUGUCUCUUAGCCACGUGUUCAAGUCUUUGUCAUUGAAACCGGUAUUUCACACUGCAGAUUCGGUUGUGUGUGAUUUAAUUUCCUCUGUUAGGAGUCUUUAGGCAGGGAGGAAGGAAAGGACAUCUGUUUGUUCAUGCCGACAUCACUACCCAUUUUUAGCACAUAAAGACUUUUGAUCGGCCCUGUUUGCCUAGAGCCAGAUCUUUCCCUCCUCCUCCAAGAGUGUCUGCAUCAGGGAUGUGACUUGGUGAGAAGCGUAAGGAGGGAAGAGAAAAAGCCGAAUUUCUGAACAACCUUCUCACCUGGGUUAUUGAAAUGGCUGCAGAGCAGACACAAAACAGGAUGAUGUCGAACCUUUGGUCUCAUUUGUGAAAACGUGUGCAAUUUUGUUUCUCCUGUGCUACACUACAUACGAAUGGAAUCACCAAAUUACAAAUGAGCCCUUUGUGAUCCUUGGUGUAAUGAGCAGUUUCUUCGGGCUUUCUCUUUCCGGGAAGUGGGAGGGAACAGAGCAAGGUAUCUGCCUGCUCUUCCUUUGUAUUUUGGUCCCAAAAUGUAAAUACAAUUUUCUAUGUUACUUUUUUGUGGUAACUACCAAGAUGAAUAUUUUAAUUAGAUAAGUUAUAUGAAAAGGAAGGACAAUUCCAUGUCUAAAUAAAAAACAAAACAAAACUCCA